UCAAAAUUGAUGUUUUUGCGAGGUUAUAUUUGUAUUUGAGACAGGUUUGUGUAUAAAAAUGGUAUUUAGGCGACUGUUACAGCCUCGACAAUUACAAUUAAUAAGAACGUAUUGCAUUCCAAAGGAAAGCUUAAAACAGAAAGUUCCAGAAAAUGAGAAUUUAAAAGACCAAAGUGAAAAAAUCCUGCCUGAUUCAUUUAGUAGACUUGGAGAUAAUGGAACCUCAAAGACAAUAGAUGGGACUACCUUACCCAAGGAUAAUCAAAUUUUUAGCGCUAUAGGAGCUACAGAAGAACUUUUGAGUUUUUUAGGUUUAGCUAAGGAACAUGCAAACGAAUCUGAACAGCAGUACACAGAUAAGCUCAAGAGAAUCCAAACCAUUAUCAUAGAUAUCAGUACUGCAAUUUCACGAUCGAAUCUAAAUAAAUGUACUAUUCCUGCCACGUAUACAAUCGAAUUGGAGGACUGGAUCCACGAAUAUUCAAAGCAACUUCCCCCACCAGAACAAUAUAUUAUACCGGGUGGAGGCAUGGCUAGUGCCUCACUUCACGUAACGAGGUCCAUUUGUCGGAAAACCGAGAGAAUCCUGGUGCCCUUAGUAAGACAGGGAUUACUAGACAAACAGGCUCAGAUAUACCUCAACCGACUCUCGGAUUUCUUGUUUACAAUCUCUCGAAUAGCCGCCAAGCAUGACCAGAGGGCCGAGACUAUUUAUAUUCCCAAACCCGACGAGAAAGUGCAGGCUCAGUAAUUGCAUAGCUAUUACAUAAUUUAGUUUGUAGCUAGCGAUUUAGUGGCAUCAAUUGAAACGUUAUCAAUUUGUUUUAAUUGAAACAGGCUGAAACUUUUAUAUUAACUAGUUUUGAUAGUAUUUCGUUUAUGCUUACGAUUUUUUUUAACAGUGAUCUUUUAUUUUAGGGUGAUAUGUGUAAGAAGAAAGUAAAGUAUAUUCUUUCAAGUUUUUCCUUCAUUAUUUUACAAGAUAUAUAGAUAUUCGUUGUAUAUAUUGUAUAUAUUUAAGUAAUUGCCAAAUGAUAUUGUGAUUGCAGCUAAUAAAUAUGAACUCAAA